AUGCCAGAGCCGGCGCCGCUCGGAGGGGACAGGAAAGCAGCAGAGAGGAAGCGGGUGGAGAAGGUGGGAGCCAAGGCAGCACCUCCAGUGCCCAGGAGCCUCCCGGUGCAGAGCAAGGCAGAGCCCCCCAGCCUGGAGCCCUCGGAGGAGCCGCUGCUCUGGGAAGGGCUCACCCUCAACAAGUGCAUCCUGGUGGCCUCCGUGGUGGCCCUGCUCAGUGUCACCUUCCAGGUGCUCCAAGCACCAUGUUCCAAGGAGGGGAUCACCCGAGGCCGGCAGGAGCCUCCACCACCACCUCCUCCCCUUCCCGAGGUGCUGAGCCCCAAGGAGGAGGUCCCAGAGGUGGGGACAGCCCGUCCUGUCCCACCGGAGAGCCCACCGGAGAGCAGCGCGUCGGAGGGUGGAGAGGAGGAGGAGGAGGAGGAUGACGAUGACAGCGAAGCCGACAGCAACCUGGCAGAACCCUGGAUCUUCAAGAAGUGGUUUGGCCGCGCGACUCCAGAGGAUGAGGACAAGGAUGAGGACAAGGAUGAAGUUGAGGAUAAGGAUGAGUAUGAAGACAAGGAUGAAGAACCCACAGAUGUCCCCGAGGUGCCACUGGCUGCAACAGAGGUGAAGAAGAGUCAGGAGAAGCAGGAGAAGAAGCAGCCUCAGAAGAAACGGGACCGGGAGAGGAAGGAGAGGAAGGAGAGGAAGGAGAGGAAGGAGAGCCGGCGGGAGCGGGACGAGCCCAGGAGGGAGGGGGGGAAGGGCCGUCCUGGCAGGGCCAACGGCAGCCGGGAGAGCCCCAAGAGGGACUGGAAGCAGCAGAAGGGCAGGAAACCCUGGGAAUCAGCUCUGGGCAAGGACAGCAGGGCCAGGGAGGGCAAGAGGCGCGACUGA